AUGGAUGCCCCGAGGAACAGGAAAUUCGGCAAAAUUGAAGAAGAUAAUGUCUCGCAAAGUAGCGAAACUUUAGAGUGGGAGAACUCCUUACCCCAAAUUAACCCGAGCAGAUUAAAAUCGCCCUUAAAAAGGAGAUACUUGAGGCACUUUCCCAGUGUAGAGGGUGAGGAAAUAUUGAAGAAGUACAGUUGUGCAUUGGUCAGCGAUUUUCUACGUCACGGUCAACUUUACGUCACAAACAAUUAUUUCGCUUUCUAUUCCAACAUUUUCGGAUACGUUACAAAGUUAUUGAUACCUGUUGUAAGUGUGGAGGAACUGACGAAAGAAAAAACAGCGAAAUUUAUACCGAAUGCGAUAGGAAUUGUGAUCGGUGAGGAAAAACAUGUAUUUUCCAGUUUCAUACAAAGAGACAACACGUUCCAGUACAUGAAGAAAAUUUGGCUGGAAACUCGUAAUUACGAUUCGGACUCUUGUUCUGGUUUUUCUUCGGAAGAAGACUUACCGAGCGACGAAGAGCUGGAACUGGAUAGCAGCAAACUCGAAUCCAUCCCAGAAACAAUUCCCCUAAAUAAAAAGAGGAAAAAAUAUUUACUGGCGGGCUCCGUGUUAAUUGUAAUAUUAUUACUGACAGCGGGGGUUUUGUUUUAUAAAAUAACAACGCGCGAAUUCGAUUACCCAUCAAAGGAAACGAAAACCAGAUCAGCAAGGGAAGAUAUUUUUUCCCAGCACCCGGAAUUAUACAAGGAAUCUUAUUCAGCAAUCAGCGGAUUUAUGGACAAAAACAUAAACAGUCUUUCAAAGACUCGAAAAAAUUUAGAAAACAUGUUCAAAUUAAUAGAAAAACAAAAACAAUAG